UAACAAGUGUCUCUCUAGCUCUGCCUUUUAUAUGCACGGUGCAUUUGUGCUCAGUAUAAAAACAGGGACAAGAAAGAGUUAAGUGAGCUGAGCCACUUCCACUGACGACUCUGCAGAGAUACAGUCAACGUGAAUAAAAAGCAAUGUGUAUUUUCCUGGAGUUGUUGCUCAGUUCCCCAAAACACCCAUUCCCCGGCCGAAUGGGAAAGGUUUAUAUGAUGAUGCUACGUGGAACCUCCCUCUUAGACCUUUUUCUCUUAGCAGCUAGGAAUCCAGCUUGCUUCUCCUCCAGCCCUGAUUCCUAGAAGCAGGCACCGCCCCUCAGCAGUGUAGCUGCAACGUGGUCUAGUGUUAACUGCUCCUCGGUUAUAGUUGGGACAAAUACCGAGGGCGGAAUAAACUCCAUCGGAUUCGGAUUCACGUCGGAAUAGCAGCAACACGUGAAGGGAAAGGCAGGAGGAAUUCUCUGUAUCCUAACCACUCACGUCACCCCUGGCUGGAGGAGUUGAUUGGGUGUAACUGCUUAUCGCCGUCCCGAAGCGGAGCCGGGCACGCUCCGCCGUGGUCCUGUUCCCGCGUGGGGGCUACAUCUUGAGUUUUCACAGCGCGGCUUCUGCUAAGCGUUGGCCGCUCAACCCAGCGGGUAAAUUCCCCCCUCCCCGGGCUGAUCGCAGUCCGGAGCCGCGGCCCGGCUUACUUCCUGGAAGAGCUCCAACAGGAAGAGAAGUUGAAAACUGACACGUGGACUUCGUCGUGCAAAGAAGACAACUCCCUUGCGAGCCCCACACCGGCGCAGCGAGGCGUGGGCCAAGUGCCGGGUGCCCCAUCCACCCGCGGGGAACUUUGCAAUUGGCCUCUGUCCUUUCUUGAAGCAGCUUGCAGUGCAGCGGCGUCGGGUAUCUAUGUAACCCUGUUCUGGGGCGCUUCCCUGUCUGUCCUUUUGCAAUCCCGCCAGCAUCCUUCUUCAGUGCAAUCAGAGCCAGGUCAUUUUCCUUAGGGAAGCCUCUUUUUGUUAAAAAAACAAACAAAACAAAAAAACCCACCCAAAUCUUCAGAAUGGCUUCCAGUAUUGGCAGGAAUGGGGUCCAGGUAUACAGCUCUGAUUUGGUCUCGCUACAUCACCAUCACCAUCACUACCAGCAGCAACAGCCUGUAAAGACUACACCUAAGGAAGGCACGAAAAAAGAAGGGACUGUGGAUUCCUAUUGGUCCAGGCCUGAAUCUCGAAUCUGGACUGGGAUGUUACUGCUUGGGACGUGUUUGCUCUACUGUGCCAGGGUGUCCAUGCCUAUCUGUGCUGUGGCCAUGAGCCGUCACUUCGACUGGGACAAGAAACAGUCCGGCAUUGUUCUGAGCAGCUUCUUCUGGGGCUACUGCUUAACCCAGGUCAUCGGAGGGCACCUCAGUGAUCGGAUCGGAGGAGAAAAAGUCCUCCUCCUCUCUGCAUCUGCCUGGGGCUUCGUCACCGCGGUCACUCCCCUGUUCACCUACAUCAGUUCUGCCCACCUGCUUUUCAUGACCAUCGCCCGAUUCCUCAUGGGACUGCUGCAAGGUGUGUACUUCCCAGCUUUGGCCAGCCUCUAUUCUCAGAAGGUCCGGGAGAGCGAGCGAGCUUUCACAUGCAGCACAGUCGGGACUGGCUCUCAAUUUGGGACGCUGGUGAUUGGUGGGGCAGGGUCCCUUCUUCUGGACUGGUAUGGCUGGGAGAGUGUCUUCUAUUUCUCUGGUUUGCUCACUUUGCUCUGGGUUUACUGCAUGUGCAAAUAUAUCCUGAAUGAGAAAGAACUCAUCGUUCGGUUAGACUAUUUAGCAAAGAGCCUGUCGUUAUCCAAACAGACCAAAGUUCCCUGGAAGCAGUUAUUUAAAAAGGCCCCUAUCUGGGCGGUCAUAGUGGCUCAGCUUUCUACAGGCAGCACAUUUUUCACUCUCCUCUCCUGGUUGCCAACUUUCUUUAAGGACACUUUUCCUGAGUCUAAGGGCUGGGUGUUUAAUGUCGUGCCAUGGCUGGUUGCAAUCCCAGCAAGUUUGUUUAGCGGAUUCCUGUCUGAUCACCUGAUCAAUCAAGGGUAUAAAACUAUUACUGUUCGUAAGUUCAUGCAGGUCAUCGGCUCAGGCGUCUCAAGCAUUUUUGCCUUGUGCAUGGGUCACACAUCCAGUUUUUGCAAAGCUAUAGUAUUUGCAUCGGUCUCAAUUGGACUUCAGACCUUUAACCAUAGUGGCAUUUCAGUCAACGUCCAGGAUCUGGCCCCGUCGUGUGCCGGCUUGUUGUUUGGUGUUGCAAAUACAGGCGGCGCUCUAUUAGGUGUCGUUUGUGUGUACUUAGCCGGGCAUCUGAUUGAAACCACUGGUUCUUGGGCUUCUGUUUUCAACCUUGUGGCAACAGUUAAUGUCCUGGGACUCUGCACAUUCCUGGUCUUUGGAGAAGCCCAAAGGGUGGACACAGACUCUGCCUACAUAGAUCUAUAGUCGCUGCAAAGAUGAGUUCAGCAAAUCUCACCUGUCGAAGAAGUUAGGAUGGUAAUUCCUAGAGAUCACUCUUGUGCAAAUGGUUCUUUGCAGAAGAAAAUAUUAUUAUUAGGUAGAAUUUAAGCAGCAAAACAAAAACAUCGAUUGAGAGACUAUUACAGGCCUGAACUAAACCCAGAAGAGGGAGGAAAUCCAGAGUUAGAACUUUGCUCAGGGGAUGCUGAUGGGUUAUGGAGCCUUUCAGCUCUAGGUCACUAGUUUACAUUUGAAUUUCCUAGUGAUUGAACAAGGCAGCUGAAAUCGUUGGUGCCUGUAGGCAAGUUCCUAGUGCAGAAGUGCCCACAUGGCAGGAAACACCUGCAUGGUGCCUUAGCUGGGCAUCUCAGCAGAGAGGCCCAGGGUCAAAUGGCUCACUGAGAGUGAACUCCUUCAUCUGGAGAGAUCGUCCCUCCAAGAGCGAGAUGAGACACCUGAGCAGUGCGGGAACCAUGCUGAAGUUGUCCGUGCUCUACAGUUGUCUGUUCUGUGGAUGAGAAGAGAACGCCCAUCUCCGGGGCUGUCGAUCAGCUUCUUUCAUCAACACUACAUGAACUUAAUACCAAGGACUGUCUUUAACGUGUUAUUGUGUGCUUCAGUGUUGUUGUAUAGACAACAGGUGCCAUCAGGGUGUACAAAGGAAUGGAUUCAGAGCUGUGAAUGCAUAUGAGGGGUGGCUCACAGGACUAUGGAUCCAUAUCAAGUGCUUUCUGCUUCACUAGAUCUGUUCCCAGUAUGCACUGAAAGGAGGGCAGGAGACUUUCCAAAGAGCCUGUGAACUGCAUGCAAUGUAUUUACAAGAGGUGUAGAGCUUGAUUCUGAGUUCUGGAUUCUUACUGCUGCAUGCUCACCAAAGGAGCAGCUGUGCCUCUACAGUACAUGCUUUUGAGCCUGUGUGUGUUAAGUGAUUCAUCAUUUUUUACGUUAAAUCCCAGAAAGGCAUGGUCCACUUUAUGCUCUAAAGAGGUGAUUUUGCAGCUGUCUCCAGUGGACCUCUCUCUAGACUCAACGAGUGUUCCAGGAACAGAAGGCUUUUACGGCCUGCAAUUUUAUUCUGUUAGGGUUUAUUUUAAAUACCAAUGUUCAUGUCAAAUUAUUAAAUGUCUUCUCCCUGCCCCCGUUCUUAUAACUUAUACAAAGUCUCCAUUUGGUUCUCUUCAUCAUUUGUGUUUUAAGACAUUGUCCUUGCGGAGCAAAUGAGCCGGGGACAAAUUUUCAAAGGGGUCUCAACCUGGCAUCAUGGUUUCAUGUCUCGUUCUUAUGCCCCACACUGUGACAAGAACUGUCACUCGAAAAUUGGCCUUGUGGGCCACUCGCAACGCUGCCUCACAUGACACCUAGCGACUGUGCUGCUUUGGUACGUGUGCCAUUGUCUGUUGAGGAAGACAGUCGUUGGGACAAGUGAGCGCGUCCUAAAGGAUUUCAGGGCCAGGCCUUAAAUGGGUGUAAAUAAUUGUUGCUACAUAGCAGAGACAGAAAUUCACAUCUGCUGCCAAACCUUCACUCAACAAAUAGUUGUGGGUGUGAAAUUUGCAGGCUCAGAUUUAAUGCCCAGAUUCUUUGAAAAUUUGUGCCCCCCCCCUUUUUUGGGAGGGGGGGGCAAAUUUCACCUCAAGCAAACAAGUCAAACAUCUGAGUGCAGAGAUUCAUAAUGAAAAUAUUGACAGACCUUUUUACUGCAGCGGUGCUAAUGGGCUCGACUAAUAUGUGCUGAACUUUAAUGGAUACUGAGGUACUAAUAGGCCAUCAUGGUGAUCCUGUCCAAUGGCUUGACAACAGUUUACAACAACGAUGGGCACCCUAGGCUAGUGAGUGGGCUGCACGAGUGUGCCUCCUUCAUCUCAGU